GCGAGUCUGAAUUUUGGCAUUCCAUUCCAACUGCGAGCGUCGGAUCGGGUGCAGUAGUAGGCCAUUCCGCGGAAACCUCAGCUCGCAAUCGAUUUUAAGAAAUUUGACUUCGCGGCGAUUACAAAAGCUGCAACUUUUGAAAAUGGAUCCCGCUUCAGAUCAUGAUCAUGGUUUGCAUUUGCAUAAUGAUUCCUCUUCUUCCUCUGCGAUGAUAACGCAGAGCCGCCAUAGUCCACGACAAAAUGUUUUUUGACACUGUAUCUGCAAAGUUCCACUGUUCCAUGCAUACCACGGCGACUUCCAUUUCAGAAAUUCGAGAGGAAACAGGAAAGGGAUGUUGAAAGAUCACAAGAACAUUCCUGGUAUUAAAUUCAGUCGUCGCUGGUUCUUGGGGUCCAUCUGCCCAAAGUGUGGAGGAACAUUCAAUGCGACUUUCAUCCCUACACACAUUGAAAAGUGCAUUACAAAACACGAUGGCAAGGACAUUGUAUUAGUAGUUAAUGUCUACAACAAAGACACAAGCCAAGCCAUCACAAAUUAUGGUGGGAACGACAAAUUGAACAAGCAGCGUGAUGAUGCUCUCAAUGUGCCAGUACUUCUGAAGCAGGGCCAUCCAAUGCAAGCACAAGUGCCAACGUAGACCAGCCCAGCGUCCAGGCAGAUGAAACAACAUCCGAUAAUCAAAGCGAGUCGGAAAAUGACGCUGAUUCGGUCGAGGCGGAGAGUUCAGAAGACGAGUCUGUCCAGAGUCCUCAUGCUGAAGAGGACAUGAGUGACCGUGAUGAUCAAGAAGAGGUGGGUGACGAUGCAGCUCUUGGGCGGCCAUCUAAUGGAAGCAAGAGAGCCAACGUAGACCAGCCCAGCGUCCAGACAGAUGACAAAUCAUCCAAUGACGAUCAGAGCGAGUCGGAAAAUGACGCUGAUUCGGUCGAGGCGGAGAGGAGUUCAGAAGACGAGUCUGUCCAGAGUCCUCAUGCUGAAGAGGACAUGAGUGACCGUGAUGGUCAAGAAGGCCUCCAGAAUGAGGAGCUAAAUCUCCCCGACAAUGCCCCGCAGGAUAACGAAAGCACCUCCUCAGACAACAAUUCCGGAGGUGAAGAGGACACUGCGGAUAGCAAUGGAAAGAACGCUCAGUUGGAAGAAGGAGAUGGCCUCCAGAGUGAGGAGCUAAAUCUCCCCGACAAUGCCCCGCAGGAUAACGAAAGCACCACGCGUUUCUGGACUCCGUUGGUACUCGAUCGGUACAAAUGGGACGUUUGCACUCUGGAAGAUCAGCGAAUGCAAAGUUAUAAUGCAACCGGCUCUUCAUCCACGCCGCGCCAGUUGCCUAACCCGAGCAUUUCAGUCUCCAACGCACUAGAAGAGCGACACCGUGAGUGGUGCAAGCAGGACUCGGUAGGCUUCGGUUACGAGGGGACGCAGUCAGCCUCAGCAAGGGGCUUCCCUUGUCUACCGUGGACGCAUCCAUGA